UUGCCCUACGUGGUCGAACGUAUAGUCGCGCAAGGAGCGGCUCGCAACAAGGACCGCGUGUUCAUCCAGGCGAGCUUCCAGUCCAAGGAGCUCAUCGUGAGCGCGCAGCUGUUGCCCGGCGGCAUCGACCAGUACCCUGUCAUUGACGUCACGAUAGGCGGCGCGGAUUCGGUCGACAAGACGUUGAACCGCAUCAAGGGCGGCGGAGCGUGCCAUCUGCGUGAAAAGGUGCUCGCGGCGGCUGCAGACAACUUCAUCGUUGCGGCGGACUACCGCAAGGACACUGCCGUGCUUGGAAAGAACUUCCAGCAAGGCGUCCCGAUCGAGGUCGCACAGUUCACCUACGCGAAAGUGCUGCAGAACGUCCAUCUCGUCGGGUCGCCGAACGCCACACUUCACAUGACCAAGUCGAAGGCGGGCCCCGUC